AUGAUGCAGCCAACACCUGAAGGUUGCAUGAACAUCGCGGAGUUAGCUAAUCAGCUACGCCGUGAGAAAAUUUUUAUAAAUUCAGAGCGACAGCUGCUUCAAAAUCUCAAUGAGGAGGUGGAGAAAAGUGUUCAGGAGCUACUUCAAGUAGCAUGGAUUUGUUCCAUGCAGCGUCAAAACUUAACAAACCUUAUUUCGUCGAGAUGUGAGGCUGAGUCCAUAACAGCUUGUCAAAGAGCUAGUCUCCUAGAGAGUACUGCUUUUAUUGAUGCUUAUAAGGUUCUAAGAUAUAAGGAAGCCAUGGCUCUGGGGGAGCUCUUGGGAUGGCUCCGGGACACGCCCCACCUUGUGGCCCUGUGCCUGAUACUUGGCGAGGAUCACAUGCCGCAAUCUCUGCCGGCUUCCCUAGUGGCAGGGCUCUACGGGAGCUGCCGCCUGCCCACGGACCGAACUCGCCUGCUGGCCGUCUUACGCUCCCUGAUCAAGCACCAAAUGGCAACCUCGAACGACCCUAGGAAGCUGUUCCGCACGAGCAAGUGCGCGCUGGCCUCGCUGUACUCCACCUUCCGCGACGGCCACUCGCCGGCGCGACGCUUCCUCGUCGCGGCGCUGCACGCGCCCGUGAUGGCGGUGCUUCACGAGGACGAGUUCUUCCUGGACAUCGACCCCGACAAGGCGAUGGAGAGAUUUUCGGCGUCAGACCGCCUGAAGAAGUUCGGCCAAGCGACCAGCAGCGAGUACUCGACGAAGGUGACACGCUACCGCAAGUGGACAGUGCAGUCACUGUACAACCUCGCCACCAAGUUCAUCUCGUCGCUGAGGGAGAACUGGCCCAAUUUCCCCUCGGCCAUAGCGUGGAUUGUGCAGCAGAUCGUACGCAUAAUGAAGCAACAUUCAAGGAUAAGCGACCGCGACCUGCACGCCAUCUGCACGGACAUAGUGUUCAGCCAGCUGAUCUGUCCGGCGGUGGUCAGCCCGGAGGCGCAUGGCGUGGUGGACGUGCCCGUCUCCUACGUGGCCCGCUUCAACCUGAUGCAGGUGGCGCAGAUACUGCAAGUCCUCUCCCUCAACUACUACCAGGAGGUGGAGCUCAAGGUGCGCGACCUCUACUCGAAGUUCGACCGCUCGUGCGUGUGGGCGCUGGUGGAGGGGCCGGACGCCGUCCUCCGCACCGACGUGCCGCCCCGGACCACGGUCGCCCUGUACACGCCGCACGACGCGCACCUGCUGAUUACAUUCCUCAAAAGAAUCUCAUCCAAGCUUAACAAUAACACAGCCAGCCUCGCUCCCGAGGAGUCGAACGGUUCUGGACCUGCCGCCGAAGCAGCUGCUUUUAGUGAGGCCAGCGAGGGCGAUGGCGGCGAGGGUGCCGCUCGCCUGGCGGCGCUCCUCCAGACCGCCGAGCCAAACUACCGCGCGCGCCUCCACGACCUGCUGCGCAAAGUGCCCGACCUGCCGGCCCUGCUCGCGUGCAAGACCCCCACGGAGUCCAAGGACACCGUGUCGGAGAACGGGCACGGGUUGAAGCGCGGCAUCCUGGCCAAGGUGCCGAAGCCCCGCCUCCCGCGCAGCGCCAGCUCGGGCUCCGCGCUGCACGAGGGCGCCAACGGGGAGAGGGACGAGGCGGGGGCGGAGCAGCCGGAGGUGCUGCUCAUAAAGCUCGCCAACACCGAGGAGAGCGAUUACGUCGGCCUGGUGCCCGAGUCGAAAGUUCUGGAGAGUUACUACGUGGGCCCAGAAGUGGGGGAGGAGGACGCGGCCGCCGCGCUUGUUGCGCCCGGCGCUGCGCCAGUGCAGAAACGCACCAGGUUCUCGGUGUCCCACGACGAGGUGUCGUUGGGCAACACGUCGGACAAUCUGGAGGCAGUAUCCGAGGCGGCUUCGAACCACAGCGUCACCUCCAGCCUCGAACUAGAGACGGAGGAUCAGAACGACAACUUAUCGGACAUGGUGUCGGCUAACGUGAGCGGCCGCGGCAGUCCCAACAUCUCGGGCAGGGAAACGCCCUCCUCGCAGGUGACAGACGGCGAUGCGGCAGGGGAGGCGGCAGGGGAGGCGGCGCCUAGACGUGUGUCGCAAAACAAUAUGCCGGCGAGCCAAGUUGCAAGCAACGAGGCAAAAUUGCUCAAGCAGACGCGAAACGAUAUAGAGGACAAGUUUUGCAAAUUCGAGAUCAAGAAGCUGUUGGAGGGCGACGAAACCAUCAGCAUAAUGUCCGACACGUGGAGCACGGACGUUCUGGCCUCCGACUCCGAGACCAUCGGUGACUCCUGCGAACAGACUCAGGUCGCCGCCAACCAAGGUGGUAACACGAACAACGCCCCCGACGUGUCAGAGACCGCGAGCGAGUCCGCUUGGAGCAUGGACGUGCUCGCUUCGGACAGCGAUCGUAACACGGAGGUGGACACGGAGGACUGCGCGUCGGUGGCCGCCCGCUCGGACACGUCGUGGCCGCGCCGCGCCUCGCAGCAGGACGACGCGCCGCAGCGCCAGCCGCAGCCGCAGCAGAACGGUACAAAGAAGUCUGAGACAAGUAGCCCGAGGCACACGUCGCGGUAUCUGCCCAACAACCGAUACUUGAGCGCCACGGCAGCACUGUCGCGCGGCGGUGAGCUCGACCUGGCCCCAUUGGCGUCGCACGCGCACGCCGCCUUCGUGGAGAACCGCAAGAGCAUUCUGGUCAACGGGUACCCGGUGAUGACCUGCUAUGCUGCGUCUGCCCCAGAGAGCCCGAGCACAUCGGCACCAGCUCAGAUGCCCAACGACGUGUUUGACUACGUCGAACAAAAUAGCGGCAGCGGCCAGACCGAGUCGACGCUCGACGAGGCGACCGUCCAGUCGAACGCCACCAGCCAGUGGGUGGACGACAGCUUCACGCACCCGCACUCCUCGCGGCCCUUCCAGGCGGCGCCUAAAUACGACCAGCCGUCCACAUCGAAGGCGUUCGACGAGGCCGAGCACAUGGACCGCUCGCUCAACUCGAGCGAGAGCUCGUUCAACGCGCUCUCCGUGUCGCAGUACGAGCGGCGGUUCGACUCCGGGAUAGAGACCGAGCGGGCCGACUCGGCGCGCUCCACCAUAACGGAGCUGAUGACGCGCAUGAGCGCCGCGAGCAUAUCGGCGCCGGCGCAGAGGGCGCGCCAGGAGGGCGGGCCCGCGGGCGGCGUGUCGCUGAGCACGCUCUCCGUGAACAGCGCCGGCACGUCCGCCUCGGACAGGAGCUCCAGCCAGGACGUGAACUCGGAGAGCGUGACGGAGAUGCGCGUCAGCCCGCCCCCGCAGCCGGCGGCGAAGCCCUCCACGGGCGCCAUACCGAAGAGCAUCAGCUUCGACGCGACGGCGGAGAAGUCGCAGAGGAGGCGCAUCAUGGGCGAGGACAGCCUCGCCGGCAACCUGGACGAGCUGAAGAACAACGUGAAGCGCUCCGGCGGCAACCUGCUGCACAAGAUCAAGUUCUUCCGACAGAAAGGACGCUCACACCACCACCACAGCGACGUCAAGGUGCCGGAGGAGGAGGCGCGCAGCGACGACGGGCGCGCUGAGGCGGAGGCCGCCGCGGGGGCGGAGUGCUCCGACGACAUAUUGGCCAAGUACCGGCGCAAGGGCUCCGACGGGGCCCGCCCCCGCCGCCCCGGACUGGCCGAGCUGCUCGUCGACCCCGACCUGGACAGGUGCGAGGGCGUGGUGGAUCUCGACGACCCUGAAGUGUUCAACAGCAUGAAACGCCGUCUGCGCACCGUCCUAUCGAACACGGACAUGCACUGCGUGGAAUACGUGCCCAAUCGUUGCACGAGCACAUCGCUGGUGGAGUUCGUGCGCGCCGGCGGCUGCGCGGAGAGCGCGGCGGUGGGCAGGGCGCUGGCGGGAGGCGGCGCGGGGGCGGAGCGGCGGCGGCGGGGGCGCGCGCGGCCCGCCUGGCGGCAGCCCUGCGCGCCGACCUCGGCGCGCGGCGCCCCUACGCCGCCUACCUCGCCUCCUGCAGGGCGGCGC